AUGAAUCGUGCACAUUAUAUUUCACGUGUCAUACCAUGUCUGAUGAUGAUAUCACAUAGUCAUAAUCGUCAUGGAAGUUCAUCAGGAAGUUCAUCUUUACUUCAUUCAUCAAAUAAAUCAUUAUAUAAUGAAUCAAAUUUUGAAGAUAAUGAUGCUGGUUUAUCAAAAUUAGCAUUCGUUUUAAAUUUUAAUAUUAAUAUAACAUGUAAAGAAGUACGUGGUUUAAAAUCAAUUCCAACAAAUCGUAUUGCUUAUUGUACAAUGGAAGUUGAAGGAGGAGAAAAAUAUCGAACUGAACAUGCUGAAACUGGAAAACCUGUUUGGGAAUCUUUAGCUGAAUUUCCAACAAAUCAAUUUUUACCAUUAUUAAAGUUAAACUUUUUAUGGAAAAUCCUGGUUUACUUAGUUUAG